GUGUUUUCGGUGAAAUCUGCAUUUGUGUUUUGUGAAAAUAAAUAAUAAUUGCAUUUUAGUUGGAAACAUUCCAAUUAUUGUAGUAGAUAAGUAAUUUAUAGGAUCAGUGACCGCCGCGCGCUUAGUCAGCGAAUGCGAUUCUCGUGUCUUUGUUAGUUAAUUUUGUCCGGUUGUGAGUACGAAUAAUAUUAUUUGUGUAGUGUUAUUUUAAAAUGGAGACAAUGCAAGUGGACUGUGAUAUGCAACCGGACAAGGAUGAUAGCGGAUGUACUCAGGAUGACAUGUCACCCUUCAGGCAGAUCAGUCUUCUUGAUUUAUCAGAUGAUGUUCUACUGUACAUCCUACGACUCUGCUCGCCACGCGAUCUAAAGGCUCUUGGAUAUACAUGUCCACGACUUGGAAUCUUGGUGCAAGAGCGGUCUCUGUGGAAGCGUGUGGAUGCUCGUAAUGAGGUCUUCAGCACCGCAAGGCUGGAGUGGUACCUCGCUCACAUGCUGCAUGAGGACACACAGGAAUUAUUGAUCAGUGGCCAUGCUAGGGAAUGUUCAGGAUGCCUUGGCCUUAUUAACACAACUCGGGCGGUUGCUGAAGAGGAUUUAAGUGGGCAGACUGCUGAUGAAAAGAAAAAGGAAGAGCCUUGUACUAGUGGCAACACGAUAUCGGAGGACAACAUAUCAGUGGUCCGUGAGAUGCCGUUCUAUGUUCGCAGACCUCAUUCGCGUUUCUAUGUUAACCAGCGUAUGGACUGUUUGCCACGGCCACGCGACUACCCAGCCUGGAGCGACGACAGUGGCAUGGGCCGUUCGGGGCCCCAGAGCUGCGUGGGGCCUCAAUUCACAUUGACCCCACAAAUAAUGAGGCAACUGAGGCACCAGUGCAAUAUAACCAUACUAUCUCUGGAGUACUGCAAUGUCAAUUGCAAUGUCAUAAAUUUGAGCCAAUUUCCCAAAACUCUCAAGAGGCUGUCUCUACGUGGGACAAAGUUCUUCAAUCUGAUAAUUGAUCGAUCAUUUUUGACCAAAAUAUGCAAGUGUUUGCCCGUACUAGAGUAUCUGGACCUCUCAGAGUGCGACUGGUUGGAACCUUCGUCUCUUCUCCCGUUGUCCAAACAUACCACACUCACCCACCUGAUCGCUCGCGAGUGUUACAAGUUGACGGAAUUCGUCGCGUACGCGUCGCUGACAUCCAGAUAUGGUUUUCGCACUUUGAAGGUUUUAGACCUUAGGGGAUCACCGGUAGGCGAUUCAGAGGUGGCUGCCCUCGGGUGGCUGCCUUACCUCGAAGAGUUGUGGCUUAGUGCUGCUCAUUUCCCCAAGAGGAUCCGCCAUGCUCACUACACAGAUGAUGAAUAUGUCCCUCAUACGCUGUUGGAUAAUUGGGAGUUGCAGGAACCAGACUAUUACCAAAAGAAAUCGAUCCCAGAGCCCAUAGAGACCGAUGAGGAAGAUUCCAGCUUUCAAGAAAAUGUUGAACCUGAACCAUCCACAUCGAGGGAGGGUCCUACAUUGGGACCUACUUUUGAUGCCGAAGCGGCGAAUAAAAGAGCGAAAGAUGUUGAAAAGAGAAAGUCACUACCGAAAGAGCCAGAGGAAGACAAAAAGGAUGACAAUGAUGAUGAUGACGACGGCCAGGACGGACCGAGUGAUCCGAAAAGAACAAAACGUGAUGCCACCAUACACGUUCAUAUUGAAAGAAUUCGCUUGCAAAGGCAGAAUGAAAAUCAAGAAGAGAAUCCUAAUCCAGCACCUUCAGGAAGUAACGUCAUUGUUAUCGGACCAAAUGAAGACCCGCAACAUCCCUUACACUGUGUAUGCCCUAAACACAAAUCUGUGGAAAAAACAGACAAAUCAACGGAAACAGAUAUGUCUGUCUGUGACUGUCCGAAGAAGAAGAACGAAAAAGACAAGGAAAAUAAAAUCCAGGAUCCCAAAGACGAACCAAGUGGGAGUCGUGACGAAAGGAAUGAUAACGCUAGAUAUGUCCGGUUUAGGAGAAACCAAAAUUCUGUAACUGUCAAUUUCGCUGACGACUCAGAGAUCACAGUUCGUCGUCUUCCUAGAAAUGAAGAAGCUAACGAAGAAGAAAAUCGUCCAGACGAUAAUGCAAACCAAGAAAAUCCACAAAAACGUCGCAAGUUUUCUGAUAUUCUUCGCGCGUUUGCCGCUCAUUUGGAGACGCACGAACUACAUGACUGCAAAAAGCCUUCAAAGGAAAAUAAAGAUGAUGAUAAAAAGGAAGACGAUAACAAAGAUGGUGCAAACGAAGAUGAUACAAAAGAAGAUAAUGCAAAAUAUGAUAAAAAAGAGAAGGAUGAAAUAAAACCAGAGGCCGAUGACCCCCAACCCGGCCCGUCAGGGGUUAAACCUAAACCUAAAGAGGAACCGGAAAAAGCGAAGCCAAAAAAAGAGUUAAACCCUGUUUGCGCCCGGAACCCGAAUCUAAGCCACCUAAUGCAGAGUAUCGAAAACCAACAGAUUAACAUUCAGGUGGACAUCGACCAAGAAAACGCCAACCAGGAGCAGAAUCGUCCAGAGAACCCCAACAGAUUUGAGGCACACAUUUUCCUCCCUCGAAACUCAGUUUCGGCGCGUAAUCCGAACUUGAACAUGCUCGUCCAAAAUGCGAGCCCGGAAAUUCCAGACCCGGGUCGGAAUAUGGAGAAUCUCCCGUUUCCAGGCUUCGUUCACCCAAUGCCGCCGUUCAGGGGAGAACCGCUACGAGACUUCCAAUACAUUCUUGAACCACGUCACCACGUCUUGUACGUGAGCGUCGGCUCCCAGUUUAAUACCUUCAGAUUUCCCCGUGAAUCCGUCGAGGGUGAGGGGAAUUUAGAUCUGCAUAUCGACUCCAGUUCGCUGGUCACGGACUUCUCUAUUCGCCGAUUCGGGCGCGCCGAUGGAGAGAACGUGAACUUUAUACAUUUCGGGCCAAAUGGUCCGGUCCUGAUGGGCAACGGCGGGAAUAAUAAUCGGCCGGAUAGGUCCAAUCUUCGGGUUUUAUCCGUGACCGGGUAUAGGAAUAUUACGGACCGUAGUCUGUUGCAUUUGAUCAGCGCGGCGCCGCAUUUGAGGAGACUGGACUUUUCGAGCACCAUGGUCACGGAUUCUGGGGUUGAGAAUUUCAGAAAUCUCCGACCUGAUUGCGAAGUUAUCUACAGUCCCUUUGAGGAGAAACCGAAACCAAAAUGAAUCCAUUUCUCAAACAAUAUUAUUUAGCAUUAGAAUUUUGUUGCACAUCAAAGUCAAUUGUCAUAUUUUGACAGCUCGAAUUAAGUGAUUGCUUGAGUGCUUUUUGAAAAAUUUUAUCAGUAUUAAUGAAAAGUUGAUUAGGAGAUAUCUUGGCACGACGCCAUUUUUAUUUUGGUUUAUUAAUGAAUUGUAAAACAGAUAUACGUUAUACAGUAAGAUAUGUUUAAUUUAAUAUUCUGAUGAUUUAUAUUAAUUUUAUUAUUAGCAUUUAAUUCCCCCAUAGUCAAUUUGGGUAUAUUAUAAUAGGAUAAAAAUAGUAAACCAUAAAAUAUUGGUUUUAAUAAUCAGUAGGAAUAUCGUUUUGUAUUAAAUGUAUACAAGUAUUUGCUGCCGGUUUUGCUUAAAGCAAAAAUCUAAUCAUACAGUGUUUGGUAUAAUAUACACUAAUAUUAAAAAAAACUGUGGGCAAAUGGCAAACUUGUCUGUUACCCUAUCAAGCGGAAAGUGACGGUUUUCGGCCAUUUUAAUACGUUACCAAAACCGCUCGGAAAACUACGCGUUUUGUACUACAGUAGGACUGUUAGAAUUAAUCCUUAGAUGUGAUAUUUAGUUAAGAUUUCCUUAUUAGCGAAAACCCCGCUAAAAUGAGAAAUUCAGUAACAGCCAUUCAAAUUUAAAAGCUUGCUAUCAAUAUGUAUUAAAUAAUGCUUACAUUUGAGUAGAGGUUCAAAUUUUUUGGGGUUUUCGUUUGUAGGGGUCAUUGAAGGGCAAAUUCCAAAGGUCAAUAACCUUAGGUUAAUGACAUCGUAUGGUUUCAUCACGUACAAAGCUAUUAAAAUAUAUUAGCCCAAGACUUGUGGUUCUCAAAAUAUUGAAGUUUUUUUAUCGUACACCCGGUUUCUAUAUACAAAGUCGUCUGCCAGACGUUUGAUGAAUGUUUAUACAUUUAGUCUAUAGUAAUAUAUUUUAAUUUCUUAGUUCCUUAUAAUGAAAUAUUCUGCCAUGAAUGAAAAGUCUUGACCACGUGAUAGACCAUUUAAUAUAUUCAUUUUAAUAGGUGUUUUAUUUGUGAACAUUUUUACCCCCUUACGAAAAACUAUAUCAUCUUAAAGAAAUAUUUUUUUCUUUCUAAAUGUUGUUGAAAAGAGAUUUAAUUUAAAAAAAAAACAUAACUCACACUAUGGUUUUUGUUUGUCCUGUGAUUUUGGAAUGGGAUAUUUCGCUUGCCCCGGGAAACAGUCGUAAACAACUAAUACGAUUGUUUCAAAGUCUCCUCAUUUUUGACUUCCUUGGGUGUCUAUAACUGUAAUAUUUUUCAGAAUUUUUGCAAAAAAAAUUAUAAAAACACCACAAUGUAAUUAUUCCAGGAAAAUUAUUUAGUGCGCAAUGUUAGUAUUACUCGUUUACCUAAUUUUGCCUCCCCUGAAAUACAUAGCAACAACCAUAAAGAUUUAGUUUAAAUUGUAAUUCUACCAUACCAUUGUAAUUAUAUAAGUCAAAGCGACAGUUUAAAAACAAAUAUAGUGCGAUAAUAUUAAAUUUCUAAUACACCAAUACCGCGAAAAGAAUAGUAAUAAAUUAUUACGUUCUAGACAUUCGCCAAAAUUACCGUCGUAAUGUGCGGUUACUGUGUUGUCCGUAAUUAUGUUUAAACAGUGAAUCUAUCGUAAAAAGCUAAUCCAAUUAGAUAAAUUACUGUAAUGUACAUUUAGUUAUUUUUUAACUAUUUACACUAAAUAGAUAACAAUGUUUAAAUUGUAAAAAAAAUAGGAAUAUAUAGGAAAAAAUAGCUUUCAUUUGUUAUGUAUAAUUAUAUAUGUAAUGAACUUCGUAUUACUAAUGUUCUCCUAGUAAUAAUAGAGAUACCUUCUUUGCUUUUACGACUUUGUUCUCCGGGGCAAGCGAUUUGAGUAAGAAAAAUUAUGCAUGUAUGUUUGUUGUUUAAUUUGUGUAUUCCAUGCCCGUCUAGAACGACUUAAGUCUACUUUCAGGCCUGUCAAAAAAAAUUUUCUGUAUAAAGAUUGACGAUAGAAAAUGGUUUUUGUUCAUCAAAAUCGGUUGAGUAGUUUUUGAGAUAUUUACGCAUAUCUGGAGGAGGAUUUUUCAAAAUUUUAUUAGAUUUAAGAGUUUCUUGGGAAGUCUUAGACUCUGUUUAUUAAUGUUUACAAAUUAAGCACUGUAGCACAAGUAGUUUUAAGAAAAUUGAUGUCUACGUAAUAUUUAUUAAAAUCUAAAUGUAUAUUUUGUUGUAAAUGAAUCAAUAACGCUUGGACAAUUGUCUACAACUAGCAAGAGCUAGGUUGCAAAUACAGAUAUUGGUUAAAAAAUAUUCUUAAGUAUGCUGUCUUUGUACAUACGAACUAUAUAUUGCGUUAUUCAUAUCGAACGUCACUUUUUUUUAUUUAAUGGGGCAAACGGGCUGGAGGCUAAUCUGAUGUUUAGUGAUACAGCCGCCCAUGGACACUUAAUGCCAUAGGGAGCGUUCACGUAUUACGUCACGCAAUUUUUGAGAUUAUUGGACCCCCCCCCCCUCAAUGUAACGCGCCGUAACGAUUUUCUAUAGUAGGUACUGUACUCAAGUAUAGUAAAACGUUUCGUGACCACCUAGUGACUCGAUAUACCUUAAAGUUACCAUUAUGUGGUGUAAAGUACCUAAAAUAAAUAAUAAAGUAUCGAAAAUAAUAUUAACAAUUCAAUCCUCGCCCCGCAUCGUAACGCUUUACAAAAGGACAAAAUUCGUUACGUAAUACUAGAACGCUUCCAUAGGGCUCGCCAUUGCCGGUCUUUUAAGAAUUAAUACGCUCUUUUCUUGAAGUACCCUAAUAGUUUAAACUCUUAGUGCUUGCAAACCUGUAGGUUUGAAGUUAAUUGCAGCAGUCAAGAAGAGUGUGACAUGAGAUACGAAUAUGGUAAUAGUUAAUUAUCUCGAAAACUAUGGCACUGCAAAGAGCGAUCAAAUCGCUGUCCAAAGUAAUAGUUGUGGACAAUUAUAUAGCGUUAGAGUUGGAAAAUUUGUGUCAUUAUUAUUGAAUUUGUUUGCGCAUAUUAUUUUGUGUAAGUGUAAGGUUCAAAGUCGAGACUUGGCGCGAACAGUGAAGUCAUUUUUUGACAUACGGUAGCGCGUAUUUAAUCUGUCAUUUCAAAAGACAGGUCUAUAUAUGUUCAUAUUACAUUUGCAUGCCUAUUUUAAAUGGCUGAUUGUGCGGUUUUUUUUAUUAAUCUGAAUGUACCACUUUGCAAAUAAACUAUUACUUAUUAAACGAAUAAAAAAAAAGAAAAAAGGAAACGCGCGUUUCGCUUAGACCCUUAUGUCAUAUCUGUUUUGACAAUUGACAUAUGAUUGCCCUAAGUCUCGACUGAAUCGUACCCUAUGUGUAUAUCAUAAGUUUUUUACCCAUAAGAAGGUUUUGCAUUUACCAUAAAAUCAAUAAGAAAUCUUAGAAUUGCGCGUAAGUCAUACAUAAUUGCAUGUUGAAUAUGUCUUAUAAGAGUAAUCUUGUCUUAAGUUAUAUAAAUAGAAAAUUCACGAAAAUCACUUCGUACAAUAACUGAAAUGACAAUAUUUUAAUGGCAGCUUAAUUUAUUUUAUUAUUCCUUUCAGUCUAGUAUUUAAUUGAUUUGACAAGUGACUCAGUCCGCCAUUAUUACAGAUUGUACAGCAAUAGUAUUUGCAUAGACUAUGUGACUCUAGAAGUAAAAACCUUCUUAUGAUCUCAAUAAUGUGAAUGAAUCUUCAAAUUUUUCCUAUUUUUAGCUUUAACUGUGGUUAUUUUUUACCAAUAAAGUUAUUAUAUGUGA